AAUUUCCCCAAUGACCCUCCCUAAAUAAACACACACUUAAUUUACAAUCAAACAUCGCCGUUGAAAACCAAAAUCAAAAUCACACAUGCUGUAGGCACCUCCGAGCAGUUUCGUAGAAUGGAGUCUGAAAAGGGCGGUGCACCGCCGGAGAUCCGUCGGCCUCCACAAGGCAGCGGCGACGGCUUGGCGGAGGAGCAAGUGAUGAGCGAGGUCCAUCUAGGGUGUCCGCCGCACCAGUUCGCGCCCUACAUCUCCCAUUUCACCGUCUCAGUUCCUUCUCGAUUUGAUCGUACUUCGGGGAAUUCUAGCUCCACGGAGGCAAAAGUCUGUGAAGUGGACGAAGAUGGAGAUUUAAUCCUAACUCGAAGAGGAAGACCAAGAAAGGGUUAUUUUGUUGUCAGCAUUAAGCACAACAUCACUUCAUCUAUUCCAAAAGUUGGUCUGCAGGUUUGGAGAGCAGAAUUGGUACUAGCUGACUUUGUGUUGCAUAUGAUGUAUAGAUCGCCCAAUUUUGAUGGAAUUACUGCUCUGGAACUCGGUGCGGGCACUGGGUUAGUUGGCAUGCUACUAGCGUGCAAUGCUAACACAGUUUACAUCACUGAUGUAGGAGAAGAUGUGCUCGGUAAUUGUUCCAAGAAUAUUCAUCUCAAUGUGGGCAUUUUUCACCGCAAGGCUUCUGUAUACGUACGUGAACUUGAUUGGAACUGUUCAUGGCCCCCUGAGAUUGAUAUAAGCCUUCCAUCUGAACAAAGCUACCAUUGGAGUGAAUCAGAUGUUGCAAAGGUUCGGAGGGCUUCUUUGAUCUUUGCUGCUGAUGUAAUAUACGAUGAAAAGUUAACGGAUGCAUUCUUCAGCGUGUUGAAAUCAAUCAUGUUUAAUGACCCUCAAAAGGUUCUAUACUUAGCUCUAGAAAAGCGGUACAACUUCACUCUCGAUGAUCUUGAUGUCGUUGCGAAUGGCUAUUCGCACUUCCGCAGCUACAUUAGAGACGAGGAAGGUGCAGAUGAGGACGAUGAUCUGCCCCACGGCUUCAUCGGGAGGCCCAUUGUGCUACGAGAAAUUCCACAAUAUGUGCGAGAGUAUGAUCGCGGAAACGACGUCGAGCUCUGGCAGAUCAAAUAUGUGAACCCCAGAACUUGAACCUGAAGAAAAUCUUCCAUUUCAAUUGAUCAUGGCAAUCUCACAGAGUUGGGUAAUUUUUCUAUUCGAAUUUAUAAAUUUCUUUUUAUAUAUAUGCGUUAUAAUCAUUUAUUUAUAUUAUAGUAUGAAAUAAAAUUAUAAUUAUAAAUUUGAAUAGCACUCUGUAUCCAUCUUUGUCCACUAUAAACGCCCUUGAUAUGGAGACUUCAAAAGAUGUGAAAUUUUAAUGUAAAAGUACAAAUUUUGUAGGGGUAUUUCGAAAAAUUAAUCGAGAUAUAUAUAUUUAAUUGA